UUUUGCUUAAAAUUCUAGGGAAAUAGUUCUACGAAGAAUUUUUUUGAUAAACUAGUCUCCAAGAGAAGAUCUUGGAAGUUCAAAACUCAGCAUGGAAAAAGUAGAUUUACCAGUUCACAACCAUCCUUUGUUACCUCUCACUCGAUUUUCCCUUGGUCGAUGUAAAGGUUGCUGGUCUCAUGGUUACAUAUAUGGAGGCUAUCGUUGCAAUGAGUUGGGGUGCGACACUUUGUUUCAUAAAGAGUGUGCCGAGUCCUUGCCAGACAUCAACCACUCUUCCCAUCCUGAUCAUCCUCUCAAGCUUGUCCGAAAAUUCCAAUCAUCCAUUUGUAGUCUGUGUCAAGUUUGGUUUGACACUGGUUACUUCUGUUCCAUAUGCGAUUUCAAGUUGGAUUUGGGUUGUGCGUGGAGACCAUCACCACCCCUUACUCUCGAAAACACCAACACGCAUGAGCAUCAGCUUGUACUCUCUAAUGGAGUGGGGUCUGAGUUGUCUCAAAGUACAAGAAACUGCAAAGUGUGCAGCUCUGAAGUUCUUGAAUUCAAGCAAUAUUAUGAGUGCCAUCAGUGCGAGUUGGUCUUCCAUGUGAAAUGUACCAAGAUCUCUCUAGAAGAAUAUCACACUUCUCACCCUGAACACCCACUCAAGUUUCUUACAGGCGAUGAAGCACCUGGUUACGCAGACAAGAAGUGUCUUCUUUGCGGGGUGGAGUUUAAUCAAGAACUUCACCACUGUGACGUUUGUAACUUCAGCAUUUGCAGAGGUUGUGCGGGAAACCCACCACCACUUAGUGUUAUGAGCUCGAAGACUCACGAACAUCAACUUCACCUUUUCCCAAGACUCGUCGAUUUCACUUGCAAUGCUUGUGGGACGCGAGGUGAGGGCAGCCCUUAUUUAUGUUUCCAAUGCAAGUUCAUGAUUCAUCGAGAUUGUAUCGAUCUACCACGCAUCAUAAAUAUCAACCGUCAUGAUCAUUGCAUUUCGUACACUCGUCGUCUCGGACAUGGAGAUUGGACUUGUGGGGUUUGUCGCGAAAAAGUGGAUGGGUUCCAUGGGGCUUACUCCUGCUCGGUUGCUUCUAAAUGUUCUUCUAGUUAUGUUGUUCAUUCAAAAUGUGCAACAAGAAAAGAUGUAUGGGACCAGAUAGAGUUAGAAGGAACUGCGGAAGAAGAGGAAGUUUCUCCAUUCGAGGUGGUUGAUGAUACCACGAUAAAACAUUUUAGCCAUGAACAUUGUUUAUGGCUCAUUGAGGAUGGUAGGAUUCUUCAAGAGAAUAAACUUUGUGAAGCUUGUGUCUUCCAAAUACAAUCAGAGUCUUUCUACAGUUGUGAGCAAUGCGAUUACAUCCUUCACGAAAGAUGUGCUAAUAUCUCCAUAAAGAAACGACAUGUGUGUCACAGCCAACCUUUCACGCUACACACAAGUUCUGGAACCAAAACAAGCCGUUGUGCUCUUUGCGAAAGAAAGUUCACUGGUUUCAUGUACAAGUCUGCUAGUCACAAGAUUCUAGAUGUACGAUGCGGCUCAAUUUCAGAGCCGUUUGAGCAUGAUAGCCAUCCACAUCCUCUAUACUACUCUGAGAAAACCUAUAAACACUGUAGUGCACAUGGCGGUGGGAUGAAGAUAGGAAUGCUUAGUUGUGAUGAGUGUGAUUACAGCUUGGACUUCAGGUGUGCUCUUUUGCCGAAAAUGGUAGUGAAUCAUAGGUAUGACGAUCAUCCUCUCUUCUUGUCUUAUGGUGACUCAUAUGUAUGGGGUGAAUAUUGGUGCGAAGCUUGUGAAACAAAAGUGAAUCCAAAGAAGUGGUAUUACACAUGCAAUGAGUGUGGGGUCGUGCUGCAUAUUUCCUGCGUUGUGGGCGACUUCUCCUACAUCACACCGGUUCGAGCAGGUUCGUUAACAAGGUCGAAUAAAGAAGUAGUACCCAACACUUGCGUUUGUAGAAAAAUCUGCUCCACGUGCAAUUCUCGAUGCAAGCUCCCUUCCGUUCUCAAAGUUUCCAAGCCCGGGGUAGAUUCAUAUUAUUGUUCCAACUCAUGUGACACCAGUUAUUUACUAAUCUAGGUCGAUGAUAAACUUAUGAAUGAAAACUUUUGUAUCAUU